AUGCUUGACCAGCUCAUCGCAGUCAUGCGUUCGCACAGCAUAGCUGUAGUGGAGAUGCAAGAGACGAAGUGGACGAACUCAACUAAGGUCCCUUCCUGUGCCGACUACACGAUCGGCUGUCGCGACCGCGGUUUGGCCUUCCUGGUGGAUAAAUCCAUUGCCCAUCAUCAGCUAACCCUGGUUGGUGCCGGAAGUAUUGGCAAUUUCCUUCAACAUUGGCCCGGCGCUGCUUACCGUCGCGAAUGUCUACAUCCCUCCAACAUCCAGUUGUCCUCCCGGCUUCACUGCCUCCAUCGCUCACUACUUACCUUUCUGAGACAGUUUGAUGCUAGGCGACUUCAACGCCCACCACGACCUGUGGUGCUCUAA